UUGAGACAAGGAGCAGGUGCAUACACGGAAGCUGGUCUAGUGGGAACGGAGAUGACGAGCUGCACGAUGGUGAAAGCGGUCGUGUCCACGCCGCCGCACCCUCUCGCCGGUGAGAUGGUUCCGCCAACACUCUUUGACCGUGCCACCUUCGACCUCUUGGUGCCUCUCGUGUUUGUGUACCCAGCACCGACUCCGUCUAACGAGGCGCUCAAGGUGGGGCUGAGCAGGGCCAUGGCGGCGUACCCUCACCUGGCCGGACGCUUGGCCGUGGACAAGCGUGGCAGGCGUUGCAUCCACGUCAACAACAUGGGUGCGCUUGUCAUAGAGGACGCUAUGGCAGUGGACCUAGAUAGCGUGGUGCUCGUGGACGCCGGCGUUGUCGCCGACCUGGGCGCAUUGUACCCUAUACUGCUUACGCCGGAGGAGACGACCGGGGCCGCCGUGCUGCAGAUACAGCUCACCCGGUACAGGUGCGGCGGCCUUGUGAUUGGCUUCGCCUUCCACCACAAGAUCAUGGACGGCACCGCCCUAGACGGCUUCCUGGCAACCUGGGCCAUGGCGGUGCGCCAAGGCAGGGACUUCACCGCUCCAUCCCCUUUCCUGGACCGCGGGAUCCUCACAGCUGUGAAUCCAACGACGCCGGUGUUCGACCACGGGUCGAUCGAAUUCAAGGGCCCCACUGAUGCCCCUGCUCGCACGUGCAAUAGGAAGACUAUCAAGCUGAGCUUCACCUCCGAGUUCAUGGCCGAGCUCAAGGCCCGCGUCGGCGCCCCUUGCACGACGUUCCAGUGCAUGCUCGCGCACAUGUGGAAGAAGACCACCCAGGACCGUGGUGUCAAGCCGGACGAGUUCACCCAGGUGAGGGUGGCCGUGAACUGCCGCGGCAGGGCCACCCCUCCCGUCCCGUCGGACUUGUUCGGCAACAUGGUGCUGUGGGCAUUCCCCAAGCUUCAGGCGCGGGACGUCCUGAGCUCCAGCUACGGCAGCGUGGUGUGCGCCAUCCGCGAUGCUGUCCAAGGUGUUGACGGAGACUACAUCCGCUCCUUCCUGGACUUCGGCGCCAUGGCGGACGCAGAAGGGCAGGAGCUCACGGCAACAGCGCCAGCCACCGGCACCAUGUGCUGCCCGAACCUAGAAGUGGACAGCUGGCUGCGGUUCGGUUACCACAAGGUAGACUUCGGCGGCGGACCUCCAUCGCCGUUUCUCUUUCCCGACAUACCGGCCGAGGGGAUCAUGGUCUUAUGGCCGUCUCUCCUGGACAAGGGCGGCGUUGAUGUGAUGAUCGCCCUUGCGGAGGAACACGUCGCGCCGUUCCAGCAGAUAUGCUACCUACUCCUUUGAUACCGUUCCGGAGGUUUGAUUUGCAGCCGUUUCAAACAACACGCUUUGCUAAUAUCUUGUUCCAAGUUACCAACUUGUUUUCCCAUUACUGCAAUCAUUUGAUCUACCAAACGACCUUUAUGAUUCUAUCAAUAAA